AUGAUUCCCGAAGCGGUUCUGGAAGUGGACACCCCGUAUUACAGUGGAAGACUAGAAGCCAUUUGCCUCGAUGAUCCCCUGUACGACCUCGUAUUGGGUAACGUUCCUGGAGUCCGUGACGCAGACGACCCCGAUCCGGAAUGGAAGGGACCAGACGAGGUCAACCCCGAGAAAGAAGACUCCCCACAGGUGGCCGAACCUCCAGCAGCUGUGGGACCAGACCACGACGCCGAAGAUGCAGCAGUUUCGAUACCGGACGCGGAGGCGGUAAAUGCCGUGGUGACCCGACAGCAAGCAGCACGGACGAAGACACUCCGCAAGCUGGCCGUUUCUGGAGGCAUUGAACACGUGAGGAAAGAAGAUUUGAUAGCCGACCAAAAGAGAGAUCAGUCACUGAGAGCAUGCUUUGACCAGAUUGGGAGAGAGAGGCAGACGCGUCGGAAAGACGGGUGUACGGAAAUGUUUCUCGUGCAAGAUGGCCUACUGCAACGAAAGUUCACGAACACCGCAGGCGUCUCGGAUGUACAACUUGUCGUGCCCGGCAAGUACCGACACGCCGUGCUAGAAUUAGCACAUGAGGGCUUAAUGGCUGGACACCUGGGGUGCAGGAAGACGGAAGAAAGGAUUCUGAUUCGUGAAGUCCUGCGACAUAUGCCAGAAAACCGCACCCAAAGGAAAGACCCCAAGGUUCCACUUCAGAAGGUGCCAGUCAUUGGGACUCCGUUUCACCGGGUAGCCGUUGAUAUUGUUGGACCCCUCGCCCCCUUGACGGAGAAGGGCAAUCGUUACAUCUUAACGCUAGUGGACUACGCUACAAGAUACCCGGAUGCAGUCGCUCUGCCCAGUAUCGAGACGGAAAGGGUCGCCGAGGGAAUGGUGACGAUGUUCAGCCGCAUAGGAAUUCCACGGGAGAUCCUCAGCGACCGCGGAAGCAAUUUUACUUCCGAUGUGAUGAAGGAGGUGAGCCGUCUUCUGUCCGUGAAUUUCAACGGGACGCUGAAGACGAUGCUGAAGAAGAUGUGCCAGGAAAGACCGAAAGACUGGGACAGAUACCUGGAGGCGCUCCUGUUUGCUUAUGGCGAAGUGCCGCAGGAGAGCCUGGGGUUCUCUCCUUUCGAACUUUUAUACGGCAGGCAUGUGAGGGGCCCUUUGGCUGUAUUAAAGGAAUUAUGGACAGAGGAAUCCCUGCAGCCCGAAGUUAGGACGACGUACGAGUACGUCUUGGAGCUGCGCAACCGUUUGGAGGAGACAUGCCGACUGGCCCACGAAGAACUUCAGCGCGCAGGUGCCAGGUACAAGAAGUUCUACGACAAAGCGAGUCACAAGCGAGAGCUCGAGCCUGGAGACAAGGUACUCAUCCUUCAACCCACCAAUCACAAUAAACUGCUAGUGCAGUGGAAUGGGCCAUUCGAAAUUGUGUCGAAAAAGGCAGAAGUGGAUUACGAGGUGGACUUGGGCCAUGGGACUAAGCUGUUUCACAUUAAUCUACUAAAGAAAUGUGAAGAACGGAGCACCGACAUGGAGGGCGAAGGACGAGCUACAGCAUGCAUGGUCAUCACCGUGGGAGAGGAGGAGGAAGUCGCUGAGCCGCUUCACUUGCUACCGACUGGGAGGACAGAGACAGAGCAGGACGUCAAAAUUGGAGCAACCCUAACUGCAACGCAACGGGAGGACAUGCGAACGGCCCUUUCGGAGUACGCCGAGGUUUUCUCCGACGUUCCGGGACGGACGGACCUGGUUGAAUGCGACCUACAGCUGAUGGCACAAGACCCAGUAAAUACAAGACAGUACCCCCUUCCCUUUGCUGUGAGGAAUGCAGUACACGACGAAGUGCGAGACAUGCUGAGAAUGGGGAUAAUAGAGGAAAGCAAUUCGCCCUACAAUUCACCCGUGUUAGUCGUCAAAAAGGCAGACGGAUCUCGUCGACUCUGCAUCGACUUUCGUCGCCUCAACGACAUUUUGGUAUCCGACAGCGAACCCGUGCCCAGGGCGGAUGAGCUCCUGGCUUCAGUUGGUAAUAAGGCAUGGUUCUCUAAACUCGACUUUACGAAGGGGUAUUGGCAGAUACCACUUUCAGAAGACGCCAAACCCAAGACUGCCUUCUCAACGUCGUCGGGACUGUACCAGUUCCGUUUCAUGCCAUUUGGCCUGAAGACCGCACCAGCAGCAUUCACGAAGUUAAUGAGAAAACUUCUACAUGGCAUCAGCGGCGUCGAACAUUAUUAUGAUGACGUUCUGAUUGCGACGACCACAUGGGAGGAACACAUUUGCGUCCUACGACAUGUGCUCGAUCGAAUUAAGGUUGCAGGACUCACCGUGAGGCCCACAAAAUGUGAGAUGGGAUUGAACAAGGUCGACUUCCUGGGUCACAGUAUCGGACAGGGCGAGAUCACCCCUCUGACGAAAACGAUUGGGAAGAUUCAAGGCACAAGUCGACCAUCGACGAAACGCCAAGUGCGCUCAUUUUUGGGGCUUGUGGGAUAUUACCGAAACUUUAUCCCGGGAUACGCAGCCUUAGCAGCCCCACUAAGCGACUUGACCAAGAAAGGUAAACCCAACCGUGUGACCUGGGAGGAAGAACACGAAACUGUCUUCAAAGAGCUCAAAAAGCGUCUCUCUCACUUACCCGUUCUAAAGUUGCCAGAUUUCACAAAAGAGUUUGUGCUAUGCACGGAUGCCUCUGAUCGUAGCAUCGGAGCCCUGCUCCUCAAGGAACACGACGGCACACUACAUCCUGUGUCAUGUGCAAGCCGGAAGCUCCUGCCGAGGGAAUCGGCGUAUGCUACCGUAGAACGAGAGGGUUUAACCCUAGUUUGGGGCGUUCAGAACUUUCGAACGUUCCUUUACGGAAGAAAAUUCACAAUUCAAACGGAUCAUGAGCCCCUGUUCUACAUUAAUAAGCAGAAACACUUGAACAGUCGAAUUAUGAGAUGGAGCCUCCAGCUCCAAGAGUACUCUUUCCGAGUAAAAUACAUCAAAGGUACUGAAAAUAGAGUGGCUGAUUACUUGAGUCGUAUGUAA